AUGCAACCUGCUACAGACACACAGUACGAUGUCCUCGUCACAGGCUCAUCAGGCCACCUCGGCCACGCCCUCAUGAUCACCCUCCCGGCCCUCGGCUUCCAUCCCCUAGGAAUCGACAUUAUACCCUCCCCCACAACCGCCUGCGUCGGCUCAAUAACAGACCAGCCGCUCAUCGCCAGCAUCCUCCAGAAGCACUCCAUCAAGCACAUCCUCCACGCAGCAACCCUCCACAAGCCCCACGUCACAUCCCACCCCAAGAGCGACUUCAUCCAGACAAACAUCGCCGGAACCCUCACCCUCCUCGAAGAAGCCGCCAAGCUCGGCCCCCAGAUCGAGAGCUUCAUCUUCUUCAGCACCACCAGCGCAUUCGGCUCCGCGCUGAGCCCUAGCCCGGGCUCCCCCGCCGCGUGGAUUGACGAGGCCGUCAUGCCCAUCCCCAAGAACAUCUACGGCGUGACAAAGAUCGCUGCGGAAGAUGUCUGUCAGCUUUUCCACAGGGAGCAUGGCUUGCCUGUUCUCGUGCUUCGCGUGAGUCGCUUUUUUCCUGAAGAAGACGACGACGAGGACAGACGCAAUGCGAUGAGCGACGAAAACCUCAAGGUUCUAGAGAUGGCGUAUCGCCGCUGCGACAUUGCCGACAUUGUUUCGGCCACUGUGUGCGCGAUGAACAAGGCGAGGCAGAUCGGAUGGUCCAAGUACAUCAUCAGCGCGCCGCCUCCUUUCGCAAACGACGCCGAGACUCUGGCUGCUUUGGAUAGAAAUCCAGAGGAAGUGUUUAACAAGAUGGUUCCAGCAACAGCCUCCGUCUUUCGUGAGAGGGGAUGGAAGUAUCUAGACCGGAUUGACCGCGUCUAUGAUUCGCACAAAGCGGUUCGAGAGCUGGGCUGGAAGCCCGAAUACACGUUUGUGCAGAUCAUGGACAGGUUGGCUCGAGGAGAAGACUGGCGAAGCGAAUUGGUUGAACAAGUGGGACGGAAGGGUUAUCAUGCAGUCAGCCAUGGCGUAUAUACUCAGAAAUAG